GGCGGGCAGGGCCUCCCGCCUCACCUCACCUCACCUCACCGCGGGCAGGGGCUACACCGCGACCCGUUUCAGCGCUUUUCUACAAUACUGAACUGGCAUCAAUCGCUGCGUCCCACCGUGCGUCCAGUGCCCCCCCCCGCCUGUGUGCCUGCAUCUCCCGUUACUGCAUCCCUCCGUACCGGUACGGCCCUGCCGCAAAGCGGGGCUCAAACCCAACAACCCAUAAUACCGGUUGGCACAUGAAAACGAUGCACAUGGAUUCAUUCAACCUACUUUGCCCUGAAUUGCGAGCAGCAGCCUCCCAUGCUGCCCUUGGAGAGGACGAUGGCUUCAAUCUCUGAGCGCACGUUCAUCGCCAUCAAGCCCGACGGAGUCCAGCGGGGACUGGUGGGAGAGAUCAUCAAGCGGUUUGAACAGAAAGGAUUCAAACUGGUGGCCAUGAAAUUAAUACACGCCUCUGAAGACCUUCUGAGAGAACACUACAUUGACCUAAAAGACCGGCCGUUCUAUGACGGUCUGGUGCAGUACAUGCACUCUGGACCCGUUGUAGCUAUGGUGUGGGAGGGUCUUAAUGUGGUUAAGACUGGAAGAGUGAUGCUGGGAGAAACUAAUCCAUUUGAUUCAAAGCCUGGCACUAUUCGUGGUGACCUCUGCGUUCAAGUCGGAAGGAACAUCAUUCAUGGAAGUGAUUCUGUAGAAAGCGCUGAGACAGAGAUCAAUUUAUGGUUCACUCCUGAAGAACUGGUUGAUUACAGAAGCUGUGCUCAUGAAUGGAUCUAUGAGUAAAACUGAGCCUAUACCUUUUGAUAUCUUACUGUCUGUGAAGAGCUGAUAGCCUCUAGUUAGUUCAAAGUCCUUCAGAUAAAUCGGUAGAAACCUGUCUCAGAAAUCUGUGAGGGUGCUCUGUUGUGAAUAUUAAAUAUAGUCAGUGUUUGCUGCUGCUUUGGUUAAAAAGCUGUCAAGCUCUAGAUGGAAUUGUACUUUUAAAAAGCUGCUUCUGGGGGUGAGAGAUAGGAGAUUAAAACACAGAAAAAUAAAACAUUCAUUGUUAAUGACACAGAAUGCAUAUAUUUUCCUGAAAUGCUCUGUAGUCAAAGAGGAUAUUUUGGUAAAUAGAAACAAAAUUGCUAAAAAUUUAUUUGGUAAAUAAAUAUGCAAAUGGCUCAGUGUCAAAGGUUAACUUUGUUAAAAUAUUAAGGGGCAGCUGGUGGUAUGUAAAUAUAGUGAUAGUGUGCCCAAAUGUUGAGGAUUGAACUCGAUAUCAAGCGAAUCCCCACGCCCAAAACAGCUGGAGAAAGCAGCUUCUUUCUUUCUCUCUCCAGAACGCGCCGUGCAUGCACACAGAGCGUAGCUGUGCUUAAAAUGAGACCUCUUCUCUCCAUUGACACUGUUUCUACUUGCUUCCCCCCCCACCCCCCCGGGAUUUAUUUAGCAUUUUGAGGGAGGAUUAAUAGGCCAGGCUUUCUGAAAUGCCCUUUUAUGUGAAAAGAAGAUGAAUGUGAGGAUGGAUGAGUGAGAUUGCACCUUCAGCCACGUCGCUGUAGCAAUCCUCUGACGCUGCACAGAGCGACAAUGGAGUGAUGUUUGCUUUAUGGGCUGAACAGCUGACAAUUUAGCUAUGUCCUUAUUUGUGUUCUUUCCUUUAUAGCUGGAACUCCAAAGCAAGCUGUUCUUGGGUAAGGUAUUCCAGAAGUGAUUUUAGCAUUAUUUUUUUUUAUUUAUUUAAUCAUGUAAAGAAAUGCAGUCAUCAUAAUGCUAAAUGUUUUUCAGUAGAGGUGUCUGCUUCUAUCAGAGAAAAGUAUCGGCCUCUCACAGAGAUAUUAACAACAAUUAUUCACUAGCUGUGCUGGAAGAGGAAGAAGAAAUGUGUUGGGGUCAAUAUUCUGUGUUUAUUUACCUGCAACACUGUAUUAAAAGCAGGAGUUUCAUGAAAUUAUUUGUUCAAACUCCUAGAUUUUUUCCUACAGUGACUUCUUGUUUCAAAUAGUAAACUGUGCAAUGAAUGUUGAAUUCAAUGCUUAUGAUACUUUAUGAAGAUGCCUAACUCCUAAAAAGAGGUGGUACAAAAUAAAACAGCAUUUACUGUUUCUUAAGUGAAAUAAAAGGAAACUUUCAUGA